ACUUACCCUUUUGCUCACUCAUAGUUAACACACCAAGCCAUGGUACAAGCAAAGAAGUUCAGAGGAGUAAGGCAGCGCCAGUGGGGCUCAUGGGUGUCAGAAAUUCGUCACCCAUUACUGAAGAGAAGGAUAUGGCUAGGUACAUUUGAGACAGCUGAGGCAGCAGCAAGGGCAUAUGAUCAAGCAGCCAUUUUAAUGAGUGGUCAAAAUGCCAAAACCAAUUUCCCUGCACCAAUGAAUCAACCUCAAAGUGCUGCUACUGCUACUACUACCUCUUGUGUAGACUCAUUUUUACCUCACAAUGCUCUUUCUGAGCUACUAAGCAGAAAGCUCAAAAAGUGUUGCAAAGACCCUUCUCCAUCCCUCACUUGUCUGAGGCUAGAUUCUGACAAUUCCCACAUUGGAGUGUGGCAAAAAGGAGCAGGACCACAUUCAGACUCUAAUUGGAUCAUAAGGGUGGAGCUUGGAAAGAAGCAUGCAGAAGGUGAGUCUAGUGUGUCAACAGGUUCACCACAAAACAGUGCUAGUGUUGGUGAUGGUUAUGCUGGAAAUGAAGAGGACAGAGUUGCCAUGCAAAUGAUUGAUGAACUACUUAAUUGGAACAAUCCCUGUGGUUCAAGUAAUUAA